AUGGUUCUCAUGGAUGAUAAGGCCCUCUCUGCCUCCUUACCGCGACCCACUCCUCUUUUAUCACCGACCCACUCCUCUUCUAUCACUGCGAUCCACACCCUCCUCUCCUCCCCUUCCUCCGCCCUCUACAACUUUGUCACCCUCCGCCACCUCUCCCUCGCCCCUGACUUUCACACCUUCCCUUUUGCGUUCAAGGCAUGUUCCCUCCUCCCUUCUUCUUCUUCUAUCUCCAUCGCCCUCUCGCUACACUCCCAGGCCUUCAAAUUCGGCUUUUUUGCCGAUCCUUUCUCCCUCAACGCCCUCAUAUGUAUUUACUCCCUCCAUCGCCGCAUCCACGAUACCCACAAGCUGUUCAACGAGAGUUCUCACAGGGAUGUUGUCUCUUAUAAUGUCAUGGUUCAUGGUUAUAGCAAUGUGAAGCUGUGUUAUGAAGCCAUUGAUUUGUUUAAUGAGAUGAUUGGAUUGGGGAUUAGGCCAGAUAAUAUGGAUAUGGCAAAUGUUCUCUCAGCUUGUGCUCAAACGAGAGAGUUGGAACAGGGUAGGAUAGUGCAUGAUUACAUUACAAGGAAUGGGAUUCCGAUUGAUUCGUAUCUGGCCACUGGGUUGGUGGACCUGAACCAAAUGGCACCUCGUGGAUGCGGUAGAGGCCGUGGGAGAGGUCGUACUAAUGCUCAUGUGCUGAAGGUUAACCCUAAUGACCCGGUGAAUUUUAUGGCGGGGUUGGAGAAUAUGGCUGCAGCUAUGCAGGCCACUGCCGAGGCUCUUGGGCAACAAAUGAACCACCAUGGCAAUGAUGAAGGCAAAGUUCAGGGCUCGAUGACACUGGUGGUGUCUGAAGGGCAGCGUGUUAAGUUUGCUACCUACUUGCUCACUAGGGAAGCAUCGCAUUGGUGGCAAGGAGUCCGAUGUCUCCUGCAGCAAGGUGAUGACUACAUCACCUGGAAUGCCUUUCGGGAGGAGUUCUAUAAGAAGUACUUUCCGACUUCUAUUAGGAUGACCAAGGAACUUGAGUUGUUGCAGCUAAAACAGGGUACCAUGUCUGUAUCUGAGUAUACCGACAAGUUUGAGGAGCUGUUCAGUUCAGUGGGACCAUUGGAGAUUAAGACUUUCUCUGAGUUGGUUAACAAGAGUAGAAUUGCUGAAGAGUGUGUUAAGAAGGUGGCUGCUGAGAGAGAAAGUCACAAAGGAUCAUUCUCACAGAACCAAAGGAAGAACCUUGCACCUAGAGGUCCGUCUUUCAAGUUGGGAGGCUCCUUCAGGAAGUCCAACAACAACAACAACAACUCCCAAGGAAAGAGAUUUGGAAAGCAGCCUCAGAGUGAGCAAGCAUGUGCUAGGUGCGGAAUUCACCAUCUGGGAGCCUCGUGCAAGGCCGCGUGGGGUUUGUGCUAUUCUUGCGGCAAGGCAGGACAUAAAGCCACAAACUAUCCGGAGAAGCAAAAGCAAGGUGCAGGGAAAGCACAGCAGACUGGCCGGGUGUUCACCACUUCAGCUAUAGGCACUGAGGGAUCUGAGGCACUUAUCCGAGUCUUAGGUUAUGACCUAAAGGUGUAUAAUGCCACCCAUGAAGCCAUGAUAACUAGGCUAGGAUGCCCGCAAGUUUUAUUUAGAGUCCAACAACGUGAUUUUGUCCAUAAUUUAAUUUGCUUAUCGAUGAUCGGUCUCGAUCUUAUCUUGGAUUUGGACUGGUUAUCUAAGAACCAUGUUCUGCUUGACUGUUUGGUGAAAUCGUUGUACCUUAUGCCGGAAGAUACAGAAGGGCCGGUUGUGGUGAAUAGUUACUACUUGAAUUCUAUGAUGGUGAAUUGCUCUGGGACCAAAUGUCAGCGUAUCCUGUUGUUGAUCGCGGGUGUUUCGGGUGAUGAUCAAAGAUUAGAACAAAUUCUGGUUGUGUGCGAGUUUUCGGAGGUGUUUUCCGACGACAUUGAUGAAUUUUCACCUAACCGAGAGGUUGAGUUCGUUAUUGAGUUGGUGCCUGGGGCUGGACCAAUCUCGAGUGCUCCUUAUAGGAUGUCACCACUGGAAAUGGCCGAGCUAAAGUCUCAGUUAAAGGAUCUGUUAGGUAAGAACUUUAUCCGACCAAGUGUUUCUCCGUGGGGUGCGCCAGUGCUACUGGUAAAGAAGAAGGAUGAGAGUAUGCAACUCUGUGUGGAUUAUAGGCAGCUGAACAAGGUCACAAUAAAGAAUAAGUAUCCGUUGCCAAAAAUUGAUGAUCUCAUGGAUCAGUUACAAGGAGCUGGGGUUUUCUCCAAGAUUGAUUUGCGAUCCGGUUAUCACCAGAUAAGGGUGAGGGAAGAGGAUAUCCCUAACACCACUUUCAAGACUCGUUAUGGUCAUUACGAGUACACUGUAAUGUCUUUUGGGUUGAUGAAUGCUCCUGCUGUGUUUAUAGAUUACAUGAACAGGGUCUUUCAUCUGUUUCUGGAUAAAUUCGUUGUUGUCUUCAUUGACAAUAUACUGAUUUACUCCAAGACCGAAGAGGAGCAUGUGGAACACUUGAAGACCAUGUUACAGAUACUGAAGGAAAAGAAACUCGAUGCGAAGCUGUCUAAAUUGAGUAAACAGGGGAUAGCAGUUGAUCCAUCUAAGGUGGAGGCAGUGAUGGAAUGGAAGCAACAAACCACGAUAACUAAGAUAAGGAUGAGUUUUCUGAGCUUAGCUGGUUAUUAUCGAAGAUUCAUCAAAGGCUUUUCGCAAUUAGCUUUGCCAUUGACAAAGUUAACCUGCAAGGACACACCAUUUGUUUGGACUCCUGAGUGUGAGGAAAGCUUUCAGGCAUUGAAGAAAAAGUCGACUACUGCACCUGUGUUGAUGUCACCUGAGCCGAACGAACUGUUUGAGGUGUACUGUGAUGCCUCACUAAAGGGUUUAAGGUGCGUGCUAAUGCUGCAUCAUAAUGUGCUGGCGUACGCCUCACGGCAGUUGAGACCUCAUGAAGUUAAAUACCCUACGCACAAUUUGGAACUUGCUGCGAAAGAGCUCAAUAUGCGGCAGAUAAGGUGGAUGGAAUUACUAAAGAACUACGACUUUGAGUUGAAUUACCAUCCGGGGAAAGCGAUUGUGGUGACGGAUGCGUUAAGUCGAAAGUCGUUGUAUGCGGCUUGGAUGAUGCUUCAAGAAGAGAAGUUACUCAAGGGAUUCGAGAGCCUGAAGAUUGGUGCUCAGGAAGUAUCUGGAACCCUGUGUUUGAGUCGAUCAGAGAUCUCAAAAAGCUUUUGGAACCCGACUAAGCUUGAGUAUGGCUUACCAUCCUCAAAUAGAUGGUCAAUCCGAGAGGACGAUCCAAAUACUAGAGGACAUGUUGAGAGCUUGUGUCUUGGACCAACCAGCGAGUUGGGAUCGAUAUAUGCCGUUAGUGGAGUUUGCAUACAAUAA